AUGGCUGCUCCCAGUGGAAACCAAUACAACAGAAAGCUGGCAUCGUGGGGCAUAAGGAAAUAUUUUUCUGGAAGUGACUGGGCCAGUGUCUCCUCUGUGAAACGAAAGCGAAGCCAAGAGGGCAAAGAUAGUGAUUUCGCUUUCUAUGGCCGCAAGAUCACACGGCAAAAACUCGAGAAAGAAAUCGCACGGCACGUUCCCUUGAGUAGGAGUUGGUGCAGCUCUGAGAAAGAUGUUCUUCCAGAUUAUAUUACUGUCUCUACACCACUGGCAGAGUCAAUGGGCAUAUCUCGCAAGUUCCUUCUUCGUAACCUUCCUUGGUACGAUUACACACAGGAAAUACAAGCACUUGGUAAGUCCUUGGCGGCUACUUACAACCUAUUUCGAACUGCGCUUUGA